AGGAAAAGUUUUCAGCUAGAGAGGAGGUUUUCCUUUUCGAUUUUGUUUUAAGGAUAGCUUAUAUUUGUAUUUGUUGUUGACACUUGGCAGCUGAGUUGGGAAGAUUAUGGUGGAAGUCAAGAAGGAGAAAGAAGAGUGUUAUGAAGAUUUAACUGAAGAAGACACAUUUGCUUCACCUUCAUUUUUCGACAGCGAUUUUGAUACUACUACAAAUUUAGCUUCUCUUCAUGGAAGGGUAACUGGUCCAACUAGACGGUCGGGGAGAGGAGGGUGGACUAAAGAAGAGGAUAAUCUUUUGACGGAAGCUGUGAGAAAAUGCAAUGCAAGGAAUUGGAAGAGAAUAGCUGAAUUUCUCCCUGGAAGAACAAAUAUUCAGUGCUUACAUCGGUGGCAAAAGGUCCUCAAUCCUCAAAUCUUGAAAGGACCUUGGACAAAGAAGGAGGAUGAUUGUAUUACUAAGUUGGUUGAGAAGUGUGGUUGUCGAAGAUGGUCUGUAAUUGCAAAGUUAUUGGGAGGUCGCACAGGCAAGCAAUGCAGGGAAAGGUGGCACAAUCAUUUGGAUCCAUCCAUAAGAAAAGAUCCAUGGAGAGAAAAAGAGGAGGCCAUUCUUACAUAUUAUCAUCAAGUAUAUGGGAACAAGUGGACCAAAUUAGCUGAGCUGCUACCUGGAAGGACUGAUAAUGCAAUAAAAAAUCAUUGGAAUUGCUCCUUGAAGAAGAAGCUUGGUUUGGACUGGCCUCAUCAUUAUGCAAUGGACAUAGAUGAAGGAUGUUCUGAUUUUCAGGACUGGAUAGUUACACCAAAAUGUUUGAAGGCCAAAGAAGAGAGGCAAGGUCUUGAUGAAACAAAACCUGUCAACCAAAAUGGUGCUGUUGAUUAUAGUACUGAUACAUGUAAUUUAGAUUUGGUCCUCAGAAUUGGAAAUCGAGCAGGAACUGAAAUAAGAGCAGACGACAGUAAUGUCAGAAUGCACAGGUCUUCGGAAGGGCCAUAUGAGCAGAAAACUCGACUUAAUAGAGUGCAUCACGAUGACAAUACUGAUGGUAUCAUUGAUGAUUCAAUCACUAAGAUACAUGAACCUCGAUCAGCCUCAUGCAGAAUAGAUUCUCAGGAUAGUUAUGAUCUUAUUUCUUCGAUAUCAAUCGAAUCUCCAUCAAGUUACUUAGCUUUCAAAUCUCCGGAAGAUACAGUGAACUCAAGUGAGUUCUUGUUGCAUAAUGAGCCAUCUCUGGUGGAGAAUUCUGUAAGGGAUCAAGAUAAGCAUUUAAAAGGUUCGGUUUGCUACUCUACUCCUCGUAAACUCGGAGGAAGCUUCUGUCCCAACAGAUAUAGUCCAGAAGAUAUACUGAGGAUUUCUGCAAUGACCUUCAAGAACACUCCCUCUAUCAUAAGGAAGAGAAAUUGCAACAAGGCUUGGAAUGAUAACGCCUCUUAAUACGCUGCCUCCUCUCCUGUAAGGUCUUUUUCGGGUUUUGAAUGCGGAAGAAAUGUGAGAAUCAGAUACUGAUAGGUGUCCAAUAUCCCUAUAUCCAACAAGAAAAAUGAAAAACCGGAGCAACAUAGUUUUGAAGCUUUAUAGUAGUUGAAUACC